CCUUGCAAUGCUCACUAAUUUAGCUGUUUUUAAUUUUGCAUUGUUUUAAGUUGUUAAAAUUUUUCCUGACUUUAGUUGUUCAAUUGCCUUGGUGUUGUUCUUUUGAUGGAAAUAAAAGAGCUCAUGUUUACAAGUACAUGCCAAAUGAAUCAUUGGAAAAGUUUAUCUUUGCAACCAGAGACCAAAGUCGUUCCCUCAGUUGAGAGAAUCUUCAAGAUAUUGCAAUAGGAAUAGCAAAAGGAACUGAGUACCUACACCGAGAUUGUGAUAAAAAAAUCCUUCAUUUUGACAUCAAGCCUCACAAUAUCUUGCCAGACCAUAACUUCAAUCCUAAGAUCUCCAACUUUGGUCUAGCAAAGCUGUGUCCCAAGGAACAAAAUGCUUACUGUUUAGGAACUUUGGAAAAGUGUCAUAUAAAUCAGAUGUUUAUAGCUUUGGAAUGCUAUUGUUGGAAAUGGUAGGAGGGAGGAAGAAUAUUGACAUCACAGUGGGGAGUACAAGCCAAGUUUAUUUCCCAGAAUGGGUGUAUAAUUGCUUGGAGAAAGGAGAAGUGCUGGGGAUUAGAAUAGAAAAUGAGGGCCAUGCCAAGAUAGCAAGAAAACUUACAAUUGUUGGACUUUGGUGCAUCCAGUGGUACCCAACAGACCGACCAUCAAUGAAAUCAGUGGUUCAUAUGUUGGAAGGAGAAGCAGACAGUUUGACAAUGCCACCAAAUCCCUUUGGCCAUGUAGAUGGAGCGCAGACAAGUGCCAACAUCCCUAGGAGACCAAUUAACCGAGAAUUAGCAGUAAUCUCUGAAUUAGAAUGAUGGAAAUUCUUUCUAUUCUACACCUUUUUUUUAAUGUUUUCUAAAUAAUCGUACUACAGAAUGAAAUUUAUAGUAAUUG